GCGCAGCUGCCCCAGCCCCAAGGUAAACGCGCCUCGGAUCGCUACGCAGGCACCGGUGGCAAACAGACGCCGGAUAUUGGUGUUGAGCUUCCUGGGUCAAAUGCUGCUGCCUCCACCGUGACCUUGGAGCCCAGGCUGAGCAGCGGCUGCUCCCCAAGAGAGAGGGGUCUAGGUGGGGGAGUGACCUUGAGUAAAACUUCUUCUGUUCUCAGCCAAGGCUGCAGUGUAACAUCCCAUCCUUCCAGGGAGCAAGGAAGGGAAAUGGUUGCCGUGGAGCCGGUUCAGGGGCCAGUGACCUUCAAGGAGGUGGCUGUGUUUUUCACCCAGGGGCAGGGGGCUCUGCUGGACCCCGCUCAGAGAGCCCUCUACAGAGACGUCAUGCAGAAGAACUAUGAGAACGUGACCUUUCUGGUGUUUCCCACAGAUCUGAAAGCCAGUCUGGAGAAUGUUCCUCCUGCAGAGAAUGUGGCAACUGUCUUGGAGCACAAGCCUGCCUUUUCAAAGGCUAAUCUUCUGCAAGCUCUUGUUUCAUCAAUGGUGAAAUCCAGACAAGCUGCAAAGAGAACUGCUGGUCAGAUAACAAAGGCAGUUGACUUCCAUUUCUGCUCAGAUGAGAGGAUUAAACAGCACACAGUAAGCCAACCUGGGAAUGAAUACAAGAAACUGGAUUUCGUAGCAGCACUGAGAAAGUACCCUGCAACUCUGAAUUCUAGGAAAAGGCUGGCACAAGCAGAAAAACACAAAUGAUCCAGGCACCAUGAUAAAGAAGCUGCUGUCGCAACUCUGUGUGUAUGUGUGUUUUAUGUUACAUGUUGUUUGUCUGGCUUGUCAACAUUCAUGCAGUAAAUGUAUGGAGAAAUUAUUUCUGAAUGAUGGUGCAAUGUUGGAUUGAACCUUCAGUAUUCAAUCACACCAGCUCUUGCUUGUGUUGGGAAAAGGGGAUUGCCCACUGCUAUAACAUAAUGACUGGCGGGCUGUCACCAGAAGCCCCAUCCCAGUCUAGGUUGUCAUUAAUUACUGGAUACUCUAACACUGUGAUGGGAAAUUGCAUGAGACCAAAAGCCACAAUAUAUAAUAUUGACUGCCUUAAGCUUGCACAGAAACAAGAAGUGGUCAAUCCUCUUAGGAUCCCUGGAUUUACCCCAAAAUGUGGGCUACUGAAGAUCAUGGGGUUUGCUUGGCAGCCAGGAGGGAACAUUAACAUCCUAAUGUUAAUAGGGUUUAAUGAACCUCACCUGCUUCAAAUCUGGGACGCAAGGCCCAGGACACUGACUAUUCCCUCAGGGCAACAAUUGCUGAUAUCAGGAAACUGCACCAACGCACCUUGGCAGGUGGAUAUCCAGGACAUUGGGGAACUGGGACCCCCAGAAUGGAUUAAAGAAACACAGGGCAAUGAAUGUACUAAAAAACAACCUAAAGUUCAAUUACAAUAUCAGUGUCUAACUAAUUUUCAUAAUAUCCCUGCCCAACUAGGUGAAUGUGUAUUGCAAAACAUCUGGGUAAAAGUAAGUUUUUAAAUAAUUGCCACGGAACCUGAUAUGCAAAAAUCAAGAUGACACCCAUUAAAUGGACCACAUGUGGUAAAAUUGGAUCAUAGGGAACAAGUUAUUAUAUCACUAAUAUCUCUAAAACAAAUUGAGCUGGAUAUUACUGAAAUGUGUCCAAGAUCAGACCUCAAUGCGCCCCAUAGUACAAACUCUCCAAAAGGGGUGGGCAGCACAGUUAAAAUUAUGGUAUAUUGAAAAGUCCAUAUGGAAGAGAUCCCCAAGGAGUUUACUGGAAACUGUUUUGGGUGGGAGUACCCAAGCCGAGGAAAUAAGUCAGCAAUUGAGCAUUCAAAUAAUCCAGGAAGGCAUGCAAGGAAAUUUGUCUUUGGAAAUAAAAAAGUUGUUGUGGAAAAAUGUUCCGGAAGGGGGGAGACAAUUAAUGGUGUGGUGGAAAUCAGUCAGUUUUGCCCUAAAUAAAGAUCAAAUGGUUCUACAAAUACCACUUGCUGCUAAGCUGCUGCAGACUCUCGGUCAGGAAUUUAAUAAGUUUAUCCAUCUCCAUUGUUGUUAUAGGAACUGGUGGAGCGUCACUCGCUUAAGACCCCUUCUCACUGUGUAGGGUCGCUACCUGUGUUCUCCGCCAAGUGUAGUGGACUCUCAGUUGUACCUCCCACUCUGGGUUGGAGUGAGGCCACACUGCCUCACUUCGUCACUGGGCUCACAGCCUAGCAUAAGGGGAAUCAGCAAAUCAGUGGUUAGGGCCCCAAGCCCCCUCACUUUU